UUCAUUUCAUUCUUUAAAAAAACCCAAUCCACUCUUUUUCUUCUCUGCAAACUGAAUAUUCCUCUUUUUCAUAUAAAAUCAUUUUAUUACACACACAAAUAAUUUCUCUGUCCCUCACACAUUACACGAAUUCAACUGAGAACACCCUUCUCUAUUUUUUCUUUUUCAAACAUCGAUUUCAAUUUUAAUCAUCUGUUGCGCGAUUGGCAAAUUUCAUUUUCAUAUUGAUUUUCAGAAAAUUCGAUACAAUUAGGGGAAAAAGAUUCGAUAUUUGAAUCAGGGGUAUUUUCGGGAUGAGGCUAAACGGAGAAAUCUCAAGCGGAGAAGAAGAAGAAGAAGUAGUAGUAGUUGAGAAGUCUGAGGCGGGUACGACGCCGUUUUUGGGACAAAAUGUUGUUGUUGGUUAUGCCUUAACGGCCAAGAAGAAAAAGAGCUUUCUUCAGCCAAAUUUCAUCGCUCUUGCACGGAGCAAGGGGAUAUACUUUGUUGCCAUUGAUCUAAGCAAGCCACUGCAAGAACAAGGUCCAUUUGAUGUUGUCUUGCAUAAGUUAUUAGGAGAGGAAUGGCGUGAAAUUAUCGAGGAUUUCAGGCAAAAACAUCCUGAUGUGAUCGUUCUUGAUGCCCCAGAUGCAAUUCAACAUUUACACAACCGCCAAUCCAUGCUUCAAGAUGUGGUGGAUCUAAACUUAUCUGAGUGCAAUGGCAAGGUUGGCAUCCCGCGUCAGCUAGUUAUCACAAAAGAGAAAGACCCGUCUACUAUCCCUUAUGAAGUCACCAAAGCUGGAUUGAAGCUGCCAUUAGUUGCAAAACCACUAGUUGUGGAUGGCAGCGCAAAGUCACAUGAACUAUUUCUUGCGUAUGACGAGUUCUCUCUCUCGGAGCUUGAACCUCCACUGGUUCUACAGGAGUUUGUCAAUCAUGGUGGUCUUCUCUUUAAGAUUUAUAUUGUUGGGGAAAGCAUAAAGGUCGUGCGGCGUUUCUCUCUUCCUAAUAUCAGUAAACAUGAGCUAUCAAAAGUCUCGGGUGUAUACCGUUUUCCAAGAGUUUCAUGUGCAGCUGCUUCUGCAGAUGAUGCUGAUCUAGAUCCUAGUAUUGCCGAACACCCACCAAGACCUUUGUUGGAGAGGCUUGCAAAGGAGCUUCGUCAUAGAUUGGGACUUCGUCUGUUUAACGUAGAUAUGAUUCGGGAAUAUGGCACCAAGGAUGUGUUUUAUGUCAUUGAUAUCAACUACUUUCCUGGGUAUGGAAAAAUGCCAGACUACGAGCACACAUUUACAGAUUUUCUACUUAGCCUAGUGCAGAACAAGUAUAAGAAGAAACUUACCGCCUAAAGCAAGAAAACUUAGAAGGAGCAUUGGGUUUCACUAAAUAUUUUCUGUUUUAGAAUUUUAGUUCUCGUUAACAAUUACAAAAAUAUCAUUAUUUUUAUUUUAUUUCUUAUUUCCAAAUAUUGAAUAAGGAAGUGAUGAAGACAACGAACAUAUUUUAAUGUUUUCAUUAUUUUCUUUAUAAAUAUUUAAGAAUAAGAAAUAGUAAAAUAAAAAUAUGUGAUAUUUUUAUGAUUACUAACGAAAACAAGAAAUGCAAAUAAUAUAUAUAUAUAUAUAUUUUUUAUAUAAAAAAAAACUAAAUUGAUCAUUAGAUCCAAUGAAUAGGAUGUUCAUGCUUGGUGGCUUUCUUGAAAACUGAAGAACAUUAUUGUACUUGUUAACUUUGUCUACAAAUUGGCAUGGAAUGUCAACGAAGCUGCUAAAAUAUUCUCUCUUUGGAAUGGAAACGGAUGCAAUAUUGUCUAUUCGCUCUCACUCUGCCCCAAUACAGACCAAAAGUGCCUUUGUCGCGAGUUAUAUUAUCUUUGCUUUUACUGUAGACAACAAAAGGCUAUUGCACCCGUAUCUAAGCAUUGACUAAGUCUAUGUUUGGAUCAACAUUUCAACCAACCAUCUCUCGUCUUGAAUGUGAUUUCAUGAGCUACUAUUUCUUGUUUUUGAUAGACGUCUAUU